GCACUUAUCAGACUUGUGGCGGGCCACUGGAUGGUGAAGGAGAUUGAGAUCGCCAUGUGUUGUCUAGUUUGCACAAGCGAUUUAUACAUCUCACCCACCUUGCUGCGGUACAACUCGCCAUCGCAGAGCCCUUAACAUGUAAAUCGGUCUAAUAGCAGAAAAAUAUCAUACUGGCAUAUCCAAACGGAACAUCAGGUUGGUUGACUAAGUAGCACCCAUGGGGGAUGCCCCUCAGGAGGAAGAAGAAAAUGCUGCAGAGGGCAGAUUUCCAUCCGUCUUUGACAGUGCUCAAGCCCUCACCAACGGCGAGGUGAGUGCCAUCCUGGCGAAGAUAGUGGCGGCCAAGAAGCAGGAAGACCCAGCCUAUCAGCCCAAUCCACUGCUGGCCAAGACCCAGGAGUAUGUGGAGCGAUUCUCUGGCAACAAGAACGAGGCUGUCAACCAGCAGAUACGAAUGGUGUUGGAUGCUGGGGAGAUGACUGGGUUUGAGCUGGCGUCUGUGGCCAACCUGCAGCCAGAAACUGCAGAAGAGGCCAGGAUCCUCAUCCCCAGCCUUGAUGCGACGCAGGGAGAUGAGCCACGCUUCUCAGAUGACACCCUGCAGAUAGUGCUGGAUGACGUGGCAACCUACAAGCAGGCUUGAGGCGGGUGGGCACAUGCCAAACAUUUCAGUUGAAGAGCUUCGCUACCUGUAGCCCAUGACCGGAGGGAAGUACAGACGCUGCUUGAGAGCGUCCAGCCUGCCUUCAGUAGAUGCAAUCUGCUGAGCCAUGCCAGCUGCCGCCACGGCGCCGCUGUCCUCUGCUCGUGCUCUUUCCUCUGCCAUGAGAACAGCAGUUUUGCUUACCAAUUGUCAAGAGUCACCGCAGCAGCAGGGGAUGCCUGUCCUGUCCGCCCAAUGUAGAGGAGCACCAGACAACAUGUGUCCCACGCCUGUUAUGGCCUGCCCAAAGCAAAUUGAGCUGCAAAAGAAGACUUGAUGGCAUUUGACCAAGUGCCUACGUGCGGACCACUCUAAUUGUCAUUGGACAUAGCUGGCUCAGAUUGUAGCGUUUGUGAGAGUGGGAGAAGUGUGUUGGAAUACUGGACUUGGUGGUCUUGUGGGGCACUGUCAAACACAUGCUGCAGUGUCAAGGACGAGGCGCGGACAAGUAGGUUUUGGGCUGGGAGCUAUCGAAAAAGUCACGUGAAGGGUGUAUUAAUGAGACUUGAAUUUGCACAAGAAA